AUGUGCGGUGUUGCACCUGUGGACCGUACCGCUGAGGUGGUUAUCGUGCCAAUGGUCAUCGGCUCCCUUGCUUUAAUGGCAUUCGUCUUGCGUAUCAUAGCACGGACUCACGUUGCAAAACGGAGCUGGGGCAUGGACGAUUGGACAAUCACUGCCGCUGUUCUUUUCAUGAUCCCUUUGAUGUUUCUCAGCAUCCCGUGUAUGCUCCCAACCCCGUCUACUUCCUCUUCUCCGCCUAAUAAUCUGCUCAGUAUCCCAUUGUAUUAUUGGGAUGAAAUUGUCUACUUCCCGGCUAUCGCGUUGACGAAGAUCUCGAUCCUCCUUUUCUACCUCGACGUCUUUAGACGCUCAAUUGCUGGCGUCCAACCAGUCAUAUACACUUUGAUCGCUCUCAACGUUCUCUACGCCAUUAUAUUUGAUCUUGUGUCAAUUUUCCAGUGCACACCAGUCCCUGGAGCGUGGCUUUCCUGGGACCACGAACAUCCUAGCACCUGCCGAAACGUCAAUGCGCAGGGCUGGGCAGCCGCAGCAAUCAAUAUCCUCCUGGACUUGGCUACUGUUAUCUUACCGCUACCAGAACUGUGGCAGUUGUCACUUUCAAGAACCAAAAAGGUCCAGGUCAUGUUUAUGUUCAGUCUCGGCUUUAUUGUCACGAUUGUUAGCAUACUUCGACUUCACUCCCUUGUGAGCUUUGGAAACACGACGAACUUGACCCAGGACUACGUAGUGGUUGGCGUGUGGACCACUGUUGAGGUUCCCGUUGGUAUCCUCUGCGCUUGCCUCCCAGCAGUUCGCACCAUACUGAAAGUGUACUACCCUGCCGUAUUUGGUUCAACCCGCCCAAGUCGAUCCAAGUACGUUCAGUCAACGACCCCUUCAGCUCUUGGGUCAGCGCUUGGCUCUACUAAGCCACAACUUGACGUAUCUGUCGAUCGCGAAAACUGGGCGUCGAAGGACGGACGCCAAUGGAACGAACCGUCUGCCCUGGAGCUUCACCCAGUGCGCGCGCGCGCAGAAUCACAUGUAUCAAACAACGAACCUAUAAGACCAAAGGAAAUGGCUUGA